CGUCAUGAGGGCGGGACUAACAGGGUAGAGGCGUGAUAUCAAAUAACAGCAGCAACAGAUUUUGUGUAGUAAUUUUGUGUAGAAGACAAGACAAGCUACAGGCUUCUUCUAAACCGAUUAACACAGAAAAACCUGCAUUAAGAGACUCAAAAACCGGAAGUUAGUUAUGGCUACUGAGGGAGACCCAACUGACUUUGUGAAGGUGCUUCACCUCCUGGUGAUUUCGUUCACCUGGGGAAUGCAGGUGUGGGUGUCUUUCAUUGCAGGUUUUGUGCUGAUCUCCCAGGUGUCCAGGCACACGUUCGGUCUCGUGCAAAGCAAGUUGUUCCCGUUUUAUUUCUACUGUCUGCUGGGUGGAAAUGCAAUCAGUCUGUCUGUAUACGCCGUGUAUCACCCCAGAGAACUGCUGGACUGGCACGAGGGCAUACAGAUGAGUCUGUUCUUUGUGGCCGUGAUCAUGGCCGGUCUGAACGCGCAGUGGUUCGGUCCAUCUGCCACAGAGAGCUUGCUGGUCAUGCAGGAGAUCGAGAAGGAACACGGUCUGGGAGGUCAGGUGGGAAUGAGCGCCAAUAAGGAAGGAUACGCCAAACUGCGUGAGCAGGACCCCAAAUACAAGGAGCACAGGUCCAACUUCUACCGCUUCCAUGGUCUGUCUAACCUCUGUAACCUCAUAGGCUUUUUCUCCACCACCGUCAAUCUCAUUUACCUGGCUCUGCAUUUGGGAACAAUAUGAGUGUGAGAGAGUUCGGACAGACAGAUGUUUUUGAUGAAUUAUCCUGUGUCUGUUGUCAGGCUGUUUUGUAUAACAAUAAUGCUUGUAGUUUUUAUGCAAAAAGAGUGUUUAGUGUUUUUUAAGGGUAAAAGAACUAAAUUCAGAUCAAAAAGUGAACCGAGUGAAAAAGUGCCCUGUUGAUUUUGCGUUCACACUGUCUCUAGAAGUGGAGUCAGAUCUCUUUUUAGUCCAUUUUAUAUGUGACUGGGUUUCAGUCUAUUUUCCAUUGACAAUAGAAUAUUAUAAUAUUGUUUCUUCUUUUGUAAGGUAUAAUGAUAAACUGGAUAAUAAUAUUCUUCUGCCGCAAUUUCUUCACUUUAAAUGAAAGGCAGGUUAAAACCUUUAGCCUCCUUCUUUCUUUCCUUUUUUUUCUUUUUUUUUUUUGCUGCAUUGAACUAAAACGUUUGUGACAGUAUUUUUUACAUUACAAUCACGUUUCAUUUUUAAUGCAUUAACUACCAUUGAGCAAUACUUGUUCAUCUUUGUUCAUGUUCAUUGUUAGUUUAUGUCAGAUCAGGUCCAUUAAAUAAUAUUAACAGAUAAAACUCUUCUUAAUAAUGUUAUUUUCAAUUUUAGUAAUACCUUAACUAAGAUUAAUAAAUGUGGUAUUUUUCACUGUUCGUGUUAACUAAAGUAAUUAUCAAAUAAAAAAAAAAAUGUUAUGGUAUGGUAAAGUGUUGCCAAAAAAUCUAUAUAUUAAAGGAUUAAUUCACUUUAAAAUUAAAUCACAGUAAAUAAAAAAAAUAAUAAAUAAAAAUCUCAAAAACCUUAAUUUCUUUUUGACUGAAGAAAGAAAGACAUAAUUAUCUUGGAUGACAUUGAGUAAAUUAUCAGGAAGUUUUCAUUCAGAAGUGAAAUAUCCAUAAGGCAUAAUUCUUGUGAACUGCUUUCAGACAAAGUAUAAAAUGCUCAUUUUUAAGGUUUUUAUUAUAUAAACGUGCCUAUCCAUAUUAAAUGACAUUAUAAUGAAUGGUCACAGUAUUUCUCCCUACUUUAAAAUGUUUGAAAGUGGGUGAUUGCACUGAAUCUUUUGUUUAUAAUAAACAGACUAUCUAUUUAAACAUGCAUUAGUGAUGAUAAUGUAGCUGUUUACGAUUGCUUAUAGAAUGUGUUUUAGUUUGUUGGUAAAGUAUGUCCUAUAAUUCUCAUCUGUUUUUGCCUUUAUGCUUCACAAUGUGAACAAUACUUGUAUUUUCCCACUAGAGGGCUGUUUGUGGAAAAAUGUAUGGGAAUAAGAGGACCAACCUUGGGUUUGACGAUCAUAAAAUGCUGUUUAUAUUUUUGCUAUAUUUGAAUGACACUAAAAUAGCUAUUAAACUCUAUGGAAAAAUGAAAGCAUGAAUGUACAGUCAAUGAACCUUUGAUCAUCUUUGUAAACGUAUUGUUUGAACAGCAAAGUAAACUUCCUGUUAUUACUGUGGACAUGGAAUAGAGUGAUGCUGAAGAUUCAACAAAUGUCAUUUUGUGUAUUUUUCGGCAUAUUGAAGCUGCUGUGAAGAUGUGUUUAUUCUUCUCAGUCUUUAGUUUUUAUGGAGUUUAUUAAUAUUUUCCCUUUUCAUUUAAACAUUUGUGUUUGUGUCCAUUGGGAAUGACCAGGGAUGAUUGUUGUUGUUUUUUUGUUUUAGAAACCAAACUGACAGAAUUAUUAUAUGGAUUGACCUUGAACAAACAUCUAUUCAGUUAAAGAAAUACCAAAACAACUAUUCUGUACAUGAUUAGCCCAAGUUGAGUUAAAAAAUAUAUAAUAAAUACAAUUUAAGUAGUCUGAAA